CUUAUUUUGUUAUCAGUUAUCACUGUUUUCGAAUCGAAUCCAUUCUCGUCGAUUUUUGUCCACUGUUCACUUAUUCAGAUUACAAUUUUAGUGCUUGAUUGAACUAAUUAUUUUGAAAUAACGAAGAAUAAUCGCUGGAGAAUUGUACAAUAAUCAACGAACCAUGUCAAACACGCAGAAUACUGGUGUAUUCUACGCGAAGAUUGACAAUGUCAAAACGUGCAACAUAUCAUGGACGGUACAACUGUACGAUGAUCACGUUUACGAAGAUUUUGAUUCUCAUCCGGAAUCCAAAUGGUCACCGACUUUCUCAGCCGAAAGCAAUUCUAUUAAAUGGCAGCUCAUGUUUUGUCCAGCAGUCGUGAAUAUGUACAGACCCUUAAUCAAUGUCUUCUACGAUAGCGAAGAUGAAAUCAGAACACAUGGUCCUAUAGCCGGAGAAUUCACGAUAUCAGUAAUCAACGCAGAAGGCGUAAAAUCAGACGUUCACCGACAUAAUUUCUUAUUAACUAAGGAUACAAUUAGUCGACAGAAUUUGGGUUGUAUCACCGAAGACGACGAUAUUUUAAUCAUGACAGACGACGGUAAACUUUUAGAUGACUUAUCACUACCGGAAGAAAGCCUGACCCUUAUGUGCCAAGUUCAUUAUUUCCAAGCAAAUAGUAUAGUCGGUUUAGUCAAUCAGUGCAACUUGAAUUCGAUCGAAACUCACAACCCUCUAGACGGUUUUGAGAACGCAUUCCUCAAUCCGGAGCUUAGCGAUGUUACGAUAUGUGUCAAAGGUAAAGAAUACCCCGGUCAUAAAGUUAUACUGUCAUCUCGAAGCAAAGUAUUCGAAGCAAUGUUUAAACACGGCAUGAAAGAGAAUCAGUCAAGUCGUAUAGAAGUUAACGAUAUCGACGAAGAAGUUUUUUUACAAGUUCUACGUUACAUUUAUACCGGUAAAGCUCAGAAUUUAAACAAUUUAGCCUCGCAACUGUUACCUGUAGCUGAUAGAUACGAUCUUGAGAAACUAAAAAUCUUAUGUGGAAAUGUAUUACUCGGUAAGCUCUCUAACGAAACGGCUGUGAGUAUAUUAAUAUUGUCGGAUAUGUGCAAUGCGACAGAAUUGAAGAUUCGGACUGCAGAGUUUAUUAAAUUACAUUCGAAAGAUGUGGCAAAGGCUACUAAUACUGAAGAUAAGAAAGAACUGAUGUCUAGACCACAUUUAUUGACGAAUUCACGUAUUCGUUCUCUUUUCAAUGUGAAGAAAUAGAUGCAGCUGCUGUGGUUUCCGAUAUUAUCUGUCGUGUUUUUUUUUUAAAUGUGAUGUGUUUUUGACUGACGUGCAAUGCGAGUAAUCGUUUUUUUAAACUUGUUUUUUGUAUUGCAUACAUAUUUUUUAAUUUCAAUCUUUUUUUUAUCGCAGUAUUUCUCUAAAAAUUGUAUUUUUUUUUUCUUUUUAAAUCAGGAAGAGGAGAAAUUACAUCAUUAAACCAUGUUA